UCAAAUAUCACGCAUGCGCUGUACCGUACCGGCGACGGCUGGCCUAGCGAAUAAGGGGAUUACAGAGCCCAAUUUGACAGGCUACACAAUGAGUCAGGGUAAGGACAAUGCUCGACUCAAGAGCUACAAGAACAAGUCCCUCAACACAGAUGAGAUGAGAAGACGGAGGGAAGAGGAAGGCCUACAGCUUCGCAAACAGAAGAAGGAUGAACAGCUUUUCAAGAGGAGGAAUGUUGCCACAGUGGAGGAUGAUGGCCUCCCUGAGGAAGAUGGGAUGGCCGACAGUGGCUACCUGGAGUCCCAGGCUAACAACAUUGACCCACUCAUGGGUGGGGUGAUCUCUGAGGAUAUGACUCAAAUGAUAUUCUCUAGCGCCCCUGAGCAGCAACUAAUAGGCACUCAGCGCUUUAGGAAACUCCUCUCUAAAGAGCCCAACCCACCCAUUGAUGAAGUCAUUGCCACUCCAGGAGUGGUGGAGCGCUUUGUAGAGUUCCUGAAGAGGAGAGAAAACUGCACAUUGCAGUUUGAGGCUGCAUGGGUUUUGACCAACAUUGCAUCGGGAACAUCCCAUCAGACUCGUGUGGUAAUCCAGGCAGGAGCUGUGCCCAUUUUCAUAGAGAUGCUCUGCUCGGAUUUUGAAGACGUACAAGAACAGGCAGUUUGGGCCUUGGGGAACAUAGCAGGAGAUAGCACAGAAUGCAGAGACUUUGUCAUAGACUGCAACAUCCUGCCUUCUCUGGUGCAGUUGUUGGCCAAACAGAAUCGUCUAACGAUGAUGAGGAAUGCAGUGUGGGCGCUCUCAAACCUGUGCAGAGGAAAGAACCCACCUCCAGACUUUGCUAAGGUGUCCCCAUGUCUCAGUGUGCUGUCCUGGCUGCUGUUUGUUAAUGACACAGACAUCCUGGCAGAUGCAUGCUGGGCACUGUCUUACCUGUCUGAUGGCCCAAAUGACAAAAUCCAGGCAGUUAUUGACUCAGGGGUCUGUCGCAGGCUGGUGGAGUUACUCAUGCACACUGAUUAUAAAGUGGUUUCUCCUGCACUGCGAGCUGUGGGAAACAUAGUCACUGGAGAUGAUCUACAGACACAGGUGAUUUUGAACUGCUCAGCACUGCAGUCCCUUCUUCACCUCCUGAGCAGCCCAAAGGAGUCCAUCAAGAAGGAAGCCUGCUGGACCAUCUCCAACAUCACCGCUGGGAACCGAGCACAAAUACAGAUGGUGAUAGAUGCAGGUCUGCUGCCUCCUCUCAUCACUAUCCUGCAGGUAGCAGAGUUUCGCACAAGGAAGGAGGCAGCCUGGGCUAUUACUAACGCCACCUCAGGGGGCUCUGCAGAGCAAAUUAGGCACCUAGUGGAGCUGGGCUGUAUAAAACCUCUCUGUGACCUGCUCACACUUAUGGACUCGAAGAUAGUUCAGGUGGCUCUAAACGGCAUCGAGAACAUCCUGCGACUGGGAGAACUUGAGGCCAAGAGGGGCGGAGGCAUCAACCCCUACUGUGCACUCAUUGAAGAAGCCUAUGGUCUGGACAAGCUGGAGUUUCUGCAGGGCCACGAGAACCAGGAAAUCUACCAGAAAGCCUUCGACCUGAUCGAGCGCUACUUUAACACGGAGGAUGAGGACCCGUCUCUGGCCCCCGCCGUCGACCUGCAGCAGCAGCAGUUCCUCUUCCAGCAGUGCGAGGCCCCGAUGGAAGGCUUCCAGCUAUAAUACUCAAUCCUUCCUUGCGCCAUCUUCAUCCUCACCUCGGCUCAAUUCUCUCACCCUCUGCCCACUGCAGUCAUUAAGGGUCACGACGACAAGGAAGACCCUCAGCUCCCCUCCUCCGACUUCCUUACUUCCCUUCUCAUCGUCAGAGAGAUUGAUUUAAUCACUAUCAUGAUUAUGAAAAAUGUAACAUCACAGGAGCACGUGUGUGGGUACCUCCAGUGUGGGUCAAGUUCUGCAGUCCCGUCCGCCAGUUCGUGAAGGUUUCCCACAUCAUUCUGUUUCGGGCCAAGAUCACCUGUGCUCUGCGCCUGAACUCCACCUACCUGUUACGGCCCCAGCAUCUCUUACUAGCAGAGUUUCACGUAACACCACCCUUUCUUAAUUUUUUGGGUUUUCUCCUCCAUUCCAGAAGCACCUCUCUGUGUCCCUGUAGGAUCCCUAUCUCUGAUUAAUUGGGAGUUUGUAAGACUGCACUGCUUGUCUGAUUGAAGCAUUUAUGACUCGCAAGACAGACAAACAUGGACGUGAUUUUGACCCCCUUCCCUCCCACACACACACACACAAGGAAGAAUGACCUUACCUUAGCACUGGACUGACCACAAGGCGCUGACAACACGUUUGACCAUGGGAGUCCCACCCCAAGGACUCAACUGACCUCAACAAAAGGCACUGAAAUUACUCAAAAACAGGAGGUUGAAUUGACGUCACCUUCUCUUCAACCAUUCUACAAGUGACCAUGGAUGGACAAAUUAGGUAAAUGACGGAGCGGUGGAGCUUGUUGGUGGCAAAUGAGGCUUCUCAUGUUCCCUCCGGGAUUUCAUAUCAUGCAUUCCUUUAUCCAGCAAUGGGACUCUCCUCCUGCACAGGCUCCAUCCUGAAGAGUUUAGACUGCCUCCUGCCUCUGGUGUGAUAUGAAUAAAAACCCAUGGAACAAUGGGAAUUGGAGUCUUCCCUUGCACUGAGACAAUUAGACAGACUUGGACGAGACUAAACAGACUAUUUAACCCUGGAAUCUGUCCGGCGGUAGACCAGCGGGAAUUUUUAUUAUCUUUCCAUAUUUUCAUUUCAUUUGCAGCACUUUAGUUCGAGACUGACACCUGCUCUUGGAGAAUAUACCGUAGUUUUUACAUUUGACUAUUUAAUUGGUUGACGACGCAGCUCUUCCCUCCUCAGGAAGAGAAGCGUAAAGAGGUGUGGUCUGAAUCCUCGCUCCCAUCCUGGUAUGACAAUGAUCCCCUCACAGUUGACCCUUCCUACGAAGGGAUUUAAGCAGAUUGUGGACUGAAACUGUUAGCACACUAAAAACAAUCAGAAGAUCAUUCUGCCUCAGCAAAGCUAGAAGAACUUCAUUGUGACAAAGUAAAUAAGACUUUUCUGGAAAACUGGCCGUUUAGCUGUUAGCAGUCUAAAACAUGACCUUCCAACACGUGUUCAUGUAGGAUUUUCCAAUUUGAUCAUGCCAAAUCAUCGAAACAUAUUUGAGCUAUCGGGUAUGAAGUCUGGGUCUUUUUUUUGAAACAUGGUUUUUUCUUAGUUGGGGUUAGCAUCUGUCAUCUUGCUGAUGGUGCCAUUAUCCUUCUUCUACAGAAAUCCUUCCAAAUAAUUUCAACAAAAAUCCAGAUACAAACUUGAAAAUACUGGUGGUCACCUUAGCUAACAGAAAACUGAAUGUUUGUUUACAAAGUUCUCUUUUGCUUAUCUUUUGUCCGAAUCUCAAAAAGAUGACCAGCUCUACAUGUUAAUUACUGUUUGUUGUACUGAGUUUGUGCAGCUGUCCUGUUAUGCCAUUUGCAUAAAAGCCGUUUCAUGAA